UUUGGAGGAGGGCAGGGUAGAAGAGAGGUCAGGAGAGAGAGAAGGCAAAAGCAAGGGAAACAAAAUCCAAACAGCCCUCCAGCAGUGAGUGUACAAUCCAGCACAAGACAAACCUCUAUCAAGUAUUCGUCUGGACUUGGCAGCUCUCGGCUGUUCCCCCACCUGUUCCCCCAGCAGUGAGGGCUCGUGAGCCUGACACCAAAACUAUCAGGCAUUACCCACCUUCAAAAAUCGCCGUUUCCACCCAAACCUCUGUUGUUGCUGCCAUGGAAGACACUUCUCAAAGCCGGCACGCAGUCAUGGAUUGGAGAGCAGUGGUGGCCAUCUUUAUUGUGGUGGUAGUUUACCUGGUGGUGGGAGGACUCGUCUUCCGUGCCCUGGAGCAGCCCUUUGAGAACAGGCAGAAGACCAGCAUCGCGUCAGAGAAGGCUGUGUUUCUUCGGGAGCACCUUUGUGUCUCCGAGCCAGAGCUGGAGAAACUCAUUCAGCAUGCUGUUGAGGCUGAGGACUCAGGAGUCAAUCCCGUUGGAAAUUUCUCUAACAAGAGCAGUCACUGGGACCUUGGAGGUGCCUUUUUCUUUGCUGGAACAGUCAUCACUACUAUAGGGUAUGGGAAGAUUGCCCCAAGAACUGUUGGUGGCAAGGUUUUCUGCAUCUUGUAUGCCCUAUUUGGGAUUCCGCUGUUUGGCUUCUUGCUAGCUGGGAUUGGAGACCAGCUUGGAACCAUCUUUGGGAAGAGUAUUGCAAAGGUGGAAACGGUUUUCAGAAAUAAACAAGUGAGUCAAACAAAGAUCCGGGUGAUCUCCACCAUCGCAUUCGUCCUGGCAGGCUGCAUUGUCUUUGUGACCAUUCCUGCAGUUAUCUUCAAACACAUCGAGGGAUGGACAGCCUUGGAGUCCAUUUACUUUGUAGUUGUCACUCUGACCACUAUUGGCUUUGGUGACUUUGUAGCAGGAGGAGAUGCUAACAUCGCAUACAUGGAGUGGUACAAACCCUUAGUGUGGUUCUGGAUCCUUGUUGGCCUUGCCUACUUUGCUGCCGUUUUGAGUAUGAUUGGAGACUGGUUAAGAGUCCUGUCGAAGAAGACACAAGAAGAGGUUGGAGAAAUAAAAGCCCACGCAGCAGAGUGGAAAGCAAACGUGACGGCCGAGUUCAGAGAGACGCGGCGGCGGCUGAGCGUGGAGAUCCACGACAAGCUGCAGCGGGCAGCCACCAUCCGGAGCAUGGAGCGCCGGCGCCUGGGCCUGGAGCAGCGGGCCCACUCCUUGGACAUGCUCUCUCCAGAGAAACGCUCCGUCUUUGCUACCUUGGAGACAGGACGCUUCAAGGCCUCCUCUCAGGAAAGCAUCAACAACAGGCCCAACAACCUGCGCCUGAAAGGGUCAGAGAAGCUCAACAAGCACGGGCAGGGGGCAUCUGAGGACAACAUCAUCAACAAAUUUGGAUCGUCCGCUAAGAUGACCAAAAGGAAAAACAAAGACAUCAAAAAGACCAUGCCUGAGGAUAUGCAUAAAAUUUAUGAGACCUUCAGAAACUAUUCUGAUAGAAUACUGGAUGAAGAAAAAAAGGAAGAGGAGACAGAGAAGAUGCGUAAUUCCAAGAAUACUUCUAGCACUGCGGUUCUGACCAACUCUAUCCUGCAGCACUCAGACCUGGAAAAUGGAGUGAUUUCCAAUGAAGCCAAAGAAAGGAUGCAGAAAAACAAAGUGUUACUUCAAGAGAGAAGUUAAAUGUAAAAGAUGUUUGACUUGAAUUAACAAUGUUGGUGUUUUUAUAUCCAUAUAUAUUGAGACACGUGCCUUAUACAGACUCCUUAUUCAGUCUGAAUUAUAUAUCAUCCAAGAUUAUUUCACUGUGCCAUAAAGACUCAAGCUUGCUCUGCCAAAACACAUCAGGAACACAGCACUGCAGAAUGGCAACAGAAAGCUACGCACAUGGAAAUUUCAGCCUGUAUAAGAUUACCAGGGCAAGACACAAAGGAAGGUCUUGGACCAUGGCAGUAUCACCAGAGGGCUCCUGCCAUGGUGUGAUAUUAGACAAAGGGCAGCUAUGCAAGAAGGGCCUAUGAAAGGGAUGAAAAACACUGUAUCUUUGUAAUGGAGUAUGCAUCCAUAAAGCCUUUCCCUGGUGAUUAAAAAAGGAGAAAUGAUUGGAGUGAACUAGACACUUUCAGUAAGGCUUAGUUUACGUUUUGGCACGUGAUCCAAGCUAGAUUUUGGUUUUUUUUCCUAUACUGGAGUCAGAUGCAUUACCUUUCUAAAUGCCAAAAGAAUGUCCAUGGACACAGCUAGCAGCUGAGUGCUGGUUGGAAAAUCAACAUAGACAUAACUAAGGAUUGGAUUGCUCUUUUCAGUAAAAAAAAAAAAAAGAAAAAAAAGAAAAAAAAAAAGAAAAAACAAAACAAAAAAAGCUCUGUGGGUAUUUAUCUUAAGCAAUGAAAAAAAACCAUAAAAAAGAAAAUAAACAAAUGGAUUUUUUUUUCUCAUGUGGGAAAAUUCAAUGUAAAGUCACAGCAAGAAAGUGCAUAUGAAGAAAAUACAACAUUUCAUGUUAUGUUGUUUAAAAGAAGAGAAACAUCAAUUUAAUGAUAUUUGGCUAAAAGUAUAAAACAGUGGGCCAAGUUUUUUUUUUUUAAGAAUUUCAUAUUCACACUUUCCACCACUGAAAAAGCCCCUUCUAUUUUAACGCUGUAAGACUAUAAGGACAGAAGGGAAGCUGUAGCUUUUGCAUGUCAGCAAACUGCUGUUCUCUAGCUGAAUCUGAAUUUUUAAAAAUAGACAUAAAAGCAUAUAUGUGAUUCAAAUGAGGGCCAGAGCUACCAUAGAAUCUCAGGGCUCUCUGUUCCCUUUUGCUGGGUUUGGUUUAGACAUAAGCUGCUGUCAUAGUCUCAGAAAAUAAAAAAAGAAAAAACAAAAAAGAAAUUUAGGAAAAAAAUAUUGUGGUAAUCUUUUAAGUGCUUAUAGCUUUAAGUGCCAUUAAUGCUGUCAUAUUUUUUUAACUUUUUAAACAAGUAUUUUGAAUUAUUUGGUUCAUUUUCUUUCAAGUACAAUCUUUGUUGGAAACUUGCUAUCACUUUUAUUGAUAAGAACUAAACAUGAGCUCUCUGCAUUUCUAGACUAAAGUGAAAUGUAACUAAACUGUGGGCAUUUUUAAAAAUCCUUUGUGCAGUCUGGGCAUAUGAAUAUGAAAUAUAGAAUUGUGUUUUCAAAGAAGAUGCUGCAAAAUAAUUAAUGGGAAUUGUAAACAUACUAAAUUUUUAUAGUGUCAGCCUGUGGGCUACUGGGUGGGCCAUUGCAGAUAAAAGAUUAUGCAUGCUGGAAAUGAGAUACACAUGAUUGUACCAGCAAUGUUUUCCCCGAGUUUUCACAAAAUCCUAACUAUUCUUGCAAUUCAAACUGUAGGCUUAUAGGUAAGGUAAGCAUGGAUGUUGAUUGCAGAGACUCAUGCAAGCUAGUCAAACAUGCAGGCAUCCACAGGUCAUGCAGACACAGACUUUUGGAAUUGCAUGCUGAUGUCUACACACACAAAACUGCAUGUAUGAUUCUCUGAUACUUCCUGAGAUUUUAUGCACAAUAAGACAACUCAAAACCAAACUGGCCACCAGAAUUCAAGAUUGCCAUGGCUAUGAAUGGAAGCAUGGCACUGUGUAUGCAAAUUUUGAGUAUACAUAUUUGCAUAUCUAAUAACUCUGCUGAAAUUGCAGGAGGGAGCCAAAUUCCACUAGUGCAGAGGAAUAAAGAAGUUUUUAGUUUGUUCUGUCUGCUGGUUACUUCUCUUGAAAUAUCAUAUUUAUAAAUUCAUUAUCUGUCUGAAAAUCAAGGAAGAAAAAGCAAUGUUUGAAAAAUUUCAAGUCGUUUGGGAUUGCUCUAACUCAAUAUGAUCCAAGAUAAUUUGUAUUCUGCUUACUUCACCAGUGAAUCUCUUAAGGUGCAGGGCUGCGCUCUGGCUUCACCUUACCAGAGACAGGGCAGUAAUCUCAGACCCUGGAGAAGGUUCCACUCAACUCAAGAGCUGCCAUGGCUUCUGGAGACCUUUGUGCCAGACAGACACCUGUGCUGGGUUUCACAAACACGGGGGCUGGUGACCAUCUCAGGAUCCCAUGCUCCUCAAGCCCCAGGCAGACACCAGCAAGGUGCAGGUCUCCUCAAGCUCUGGAGCUCUUUAACCCACCUGUUACUGCUGGUUUUGGGCAGGCCUUGAGUUCCAUAUAUGAGCAAAGUUCUGAAGUCUUAUCCAUGAGCAUCACUAAUUCUGUAGUGUCAGGAUAGCAUAUCUGGAUAUAGCAAGGUUGUUCAGAUCUGGUGUUUUAUUGGUAGGAGGUUAGAAGUGAAAGCUACAGUUUAGAUUUCUGUUUGAAUUUCAGAAAAGGUUCAGAAGUGCUAAGAUGCAUAAUUCGGGUCUGAGAAUUGCAGUAAUUCCUUGUUACAUCAUCCUGUGCUUUGCAUCUGUGAAGGAUCUGACACCAAAAACAUCUCAUCUGACUCUGAAAGCAUGCAAUCCAUUCAGUUUUGCAAAUAAUUCUCCUUGGUUACCAAAUGCCAAGAUCAGUAUCACACAUGCAGUGUUACCUGUUCUUCAGAUGAGUUCUCACAAGAAAUGCUUGCCUGCAAUAGAAGAGUUCUGCACAUUCACACAGAAAUCUGUAAGGAUAUGGGAGAUGCACUUUCCAUAUAUGAAAUAUAAAGUUUAGCCAUUGCCAGGGCAUUUCUUCUGAUUGAGGUCAGGAAAAGUAAAGUCUGACUUGUAGGAAUUGUCUGUAUGAACAGGGAAUUGGACAACAGGAAAAUCACAGAAAACAAAUCAACAUGGAAAAGUGAGGAGGCAAAAUUUGUUGGGCAAACUCAGAACUGUUUGCUCUGAUGCAAGAGAAGGACAAUGAUAUCUUGGCAUAGUUUUAAUCUUAACUUUCUGAGUUGUCAAUCUAUCCCCUGUCCAUAUGCUACAUGAUGGUGUGUGUGUAUCAUUCUAGUUUCUGUUUGGCCAUGCCAUGCAGCAGCCCCUGGCUGACAUUUUAUCAGCUGUUUCUUCAGCAUGCCCUGGUUUGGGAUAUAAUAGUUCAGGGACAAAAGGUGAUGCUCAAUAAACUCUCAGUGAGAUACUGAGCAGAGCAUUUGAUGACCUUUUAUAUGAAAACAAAAUGUUCUCUUUCAUUCCUCUCCAUUUCUUUGUCUGUGAAACUUGCUGAGAAAGUUGCCAGGCUAUGACAGGAGUAAAUAUUUUCUGCUAGAUGAUUGUCUAUUAAAUACCUCAAUAUAUAUAAUUUUUAUUAUAAUGUGGGUAGUGCAAAUGGUGUAUUUCAUAGGGGGCCAGACAGAAAUAUCUGGACACCUAAGAUGACAUUUUACUGAGCUAAAUUGCUUUUACCCUUUUAAAGGGCAUCCCUUGGUUUUAAUUGUCUGCAACAGCUUGAGAGAGAAUCAGUUUAAACAUCAAGUGUUUUUAUGGCUAAAAUUCUCAUCUUCUGGCAUUUAGUAACACCUAUAAAAAAACUUGUAAUGUUAUUUCUAGUGAGGCUAUUCCACCAUUAUAGAAAUUUUUUAGCAAAAGUAGUCUGACCCACAUCCAAAACUUCUUUCUCUAAAUUAAUUUAUCAGCUUAUUUCCCAGCAGCCUGAAAAUAAGGCUGGGUUACUGAAGGGUGAGUUACUGACUUUAACUCUCUGAUCCUGCCCUGAGCAUAACAUGACUUGACAUGGGAAUUGGGACCUGAAAGAGCAAGGAAACAUGGAUUUUCUGUAGCUGCAGCCCUCACACACAGAGGAUGACUCAGCUGCUGUAUCCCUGUAGCUUUCAGCUCUACAGUCCCACUUUCCCCCUCUUUGUGCAGGAGAAUUCUGCUACACCCCUUUGGGGAUCCUUCUGAACCAUUAAUCAUCAUAAGCAUUGCUGAACUUGUGCUGCUACUGGUUUUCAAAAGAUUCGUAAUUUCAUUACUACUUAAUAGGGAACAUUAUUUCUAAUAAAUCCUAGAACUAAUAGUAAAUAAAAUACAAUAAUCUCCCCUCCCCAGUGAUUUAUAUUCAUGGAACCUGACUUGGAUUGUGGCCAUGAAAUUCUAAAUCACCCGAGCUUCUGCUGCCUGGCUUUAGGAUGUUGCUAGUACCAGUCUGCUUCCUCUAAAGCCAUUAAUGGACUAUGCCAGAGACUUUCUACAAAA